GAUUGGAAUUUGUUUUAAUGUUUGCAUAACUAUGCUAUGUUUGGAAUUUGGAUGUCAGGUGGCAGUGUCUGCGAGGGUUACCUAAUAUCUCUCCAACGGUUUGUUUGAUCAUAGAUGGGGCCUGAGAUUGUUCCCCUUAUAGGGCUAGAGCAGGCUGGAUAGUUCGUGAUAUUCAUUCUUCCGAGGUACUAGGAGGUGGAUGUCGAGCUUUUAUGGCAAGUUCAGCGUUGCAGUAUGAGCUUCAAGCUUGUGUUUGGGGUCUGGAGUUUGCUAUCCGUAGAGGCUUCUUGAAAAUUCGGGUUUAUACAGAUUGUGUUGCCCUUCUUGCUCUUUAUCCUCCGUCUGGGUCAAUGGAAAUUUCGGUUUGGUGGCUCAUUCAGGAGUUGCGGGUUUCGGUUCAAUCCCUUUUGGUUUGCCAGGUACAAAAGGUUCCUCAUUUGUGGGUUACUCCGGCUCACUGGUUAGCAGGUUGUGCCCGGCGUCGUCAGUUGUUGUAUUUUAUGUUUUAGCUUUUCGUUGACAGAUGUUGUAUUUGUUAGUUUUCCAUUUAUUUGAUAGCUUUUUUAUCGCAAAAAAAAAAAAAGAAAAAAGAAUGCUAUUUUUAUGGGUUUAAAUACUCUGCUAAAACAACGGGCCUAAAUCAUUUGGGCCACACCCAACAUUGCCGUUUAUUGAAAAAAUAAAAAAAAGGAAAAUAAACAAGGCAAAAUCAUGAAAAGUCUCAAGCGACAACCGAACAAAAGCAAACGAAACUCAAUGUCUGAAGCGACACAACCCUAACUCUGUCUCUCUCACAUCAUAGCACUACCGCAGUAAGCAUCAGCCACCAUCUACGACGAUAACCAGGCACCGCCGCCACACCGCCUGCCGCCACCGACCGGAGUGACCUCCGAUUGAAGCAGAGCAACUGACCAAGGUCAUCAAAUUCAGGGUGACUCACUAGCUCCGAAAUCCUAGAUCCGCCACCGUCCAACAAGUAGUAGUGUAGUAGUCAUCACCAUCAUUUUUUCACUUAGACAUAUCAACAAACACCUAGCAGGCACAACCCUCAUUACAAGCUCACACAAAUUCAAUUCCUAAUAGAAGAGGUGAUCGAUGUACAGUAACUCCCCAAUCAGCAAUGAUAUCAGCAAAACUCCUCUUCUGAAUAUUCUUCCUCCUACUAAACUCUUCUUCCUUCAAUUGUAACUCCUGAACAAUGAGAUUCAAAAAGCAAAAGCGUCACAGAAAAACCGUCAGAUUCUACACUGCUUGCUUUGGUUUUCGAGAACCAUUCAAAGUUCUAUGCGACGGUACCUUUGUUCAUCACCUUGUUUCUAAUCAUCUUUCUCCUGAAACUACUGUCUCUAACACUCUUGGUGCUUCUGUUCAGCUCUUCACUACCAAAUGUGUUAUUGAAGAGUUGAAGUCUCUUGGAAAAUCACAUGCUGAAUCAUAUCGUGUUGCUCGGAGAGAUUACAAGCUUGCUAGAUGUGAGCAUGGAGAACAGGAAAGUGCCUUAAAUUGUAUAAUAGAAGUUAUUGGAGAAAAUAAUCCUGAACACUUCUUUGUUGCUACACAAGACAUUGAGUUACGAAAGAAGUCCCGAAAGGUACCUGGAGUCCCAGUGAUGUUUGGUUUGCGAAAUGCUGUAUUUCUUGAGCAACUUUCAUCAUAUCAGCGUGACUUUGUGAAGGCUGCUGAAGAAGAAAGGCUACAUAUGACUGAUUCAGAAUAUAUGUUGUUACAAAAGAGAGUAAAGGGCAUAUUGAAUACCAAGGAAUUAAAGGACCCAGCAGAGGAAGGAACUGACGAUGAGGAUUUGCCGGGUCAGCCUGUAGUAAGUCGAGUGCCUAGUAAGACAGAUGCAAUUCAUGCAAAAGACAAGGCUCAAUUUAAAAAGAAAAGAGCAAAGGGUCCAAACCCGCUGUCGUGUAAAAAGAAGAAAACUAUCAGCAGUUCGGGUCCUAGUGCUGGGAAGGCUGACAAGACCGAUAGUGAUACGAAGAGAAGCAGGCCUCGAAAGAGGAAGAGAUCUCGCAGGGCCAACACAUCCUCAGAUACCGUAUAAUUUUUGUUCGUUGUAAGAGUUUCUUUUAGGUCGGUCCUGGGGUCAGAGAUUUUGAUGUAUGAGUUAAUUUUAUAUAGGGACUUAGGGAAUGGGAGAUGACUCUUAACUUUGUCAUUUAUAGUAUGAUUGUCAUGCCUAGUUGAUUUUGUUUGUGGAUUAUUCAACUUAUGCCUGAAGCAUGUCAUUCUUUAGUAAAUUUAUUAAACUUG